CAGUAAUGCGCGGUCCAGUUCGCCUCACGCCAUACAAAUGAAAAGGAAACUCCUCCCCAGAUAGACAUGUCUAACAUUUCCUUUAUCACAUCGAUCUAUCUUCCUGCUCCACCGUCAUAUAAGCAUCUCAAAGCCUCCAACAAAUCAAUCUCCACCUGAAAACCUGUGAAUCAAGCAUUUAUAGCCCAGAUCGUAGCUCGAACAACUUUUAAGAGCUCCACCUCUAGACUGGAAGACGCCGAUAAGGGGACAGAGGAAGUAAAAACCAUCCUACCUUUCACUAUUUCUCAUUAUCGCACCACCUACUGUUGUUGAUGAGUGAGGUAAGAACUAGGCAUCUGUGUUCAAUUUAAGAUUCUUCAAAGGAUUUCUUCAUUUUAUCAUUGAAAUUAGCGGAAGAGAGGGUCUAAAGUUGUUAGGAAUUAGCCGCUCCUCAUAAAAAAUAGCAUCAACUCUACCGAUUUUACUUGUAGAGAAACUCAUAACCUAGCUUUGGGAGUGUAACUUGAUCUGAUUAAUCAAGUGUUAAACAGAAACAGAACCAUCCAUCCCCCAGAUGAUGUUGGCAUAUGCUUUCCAAAUGUGCCAACUGAUUAUCCCUGACAUAUUAUGUUUAUAAAUAUAAAAAAGGUGUUUGUGUCCAGCCUUAAGCCACCAUGCAGUGAAAGUCUUUCUAACCGUGUGAGCCUGAUGAUGAGUAGAAAUGGAAAAAAUAUUCAUAUAGUAUAUCCAAAUAGGCCUACCUUCUCACAUGAAAUAAAUAUAUGAUCCACCAAUUCUGCUUGUGCUUUACAAAAAGGGCAUAUAGAUGGAUUCAAAACCACUUGAAACCUUAGAAGAUUUUCAGUAAUAGGGAGAAUGCCUUUAAUUGAUUUCCACUGAAAAAGCUUAAUCUCUAAAGGAAGCUUCAUAUGCCAUGAAUGUUUGUAAACAAGUGUCGUUAAGUUAUGACACAACAAAAUUAAUAAUUGGUAGUGAUUCUAAACAAUAAUUUAAUUUUUUGUGGCUGGCUUUCCUCUUGACACUCCAUUUUUUGGUUUUCCAUCCAAUUAAAUGUACUUUUCCUACCAAAAUACUUAUAAAGAGGCAGACUUGGUGCACGUUCACACCCUCCUCCUUCAAAUCACAUCUCAGAACCCUAAUUAGCUACCCUUUAUUCCUAGCCUACAUUUAUCCUUUGCGGCUUUGCCCACCGAUAAGUAUCCGACUAUAUUUUUUUAUCACCAUCUCUUCAUGGUUUCAUUUAUAGUCUUGAAAAUCGCUUUGCCUAGGCGAUUAAUUGAAGCUGCACCUCUCAGUCAUUGUUCUAGCUUUCGUAGCCAAUCCAGGUGUGUAUGUACCUCAUUGUACUUCUAUUGAACUAGUUUGAUUUGUUAUUCCAAAGAUGAAUUUAGCCAUCAUCGUAAAUAUCAAUGAGAUGAUAUGAAAUAGAUGGUUCAAUGCAUUAAGUCUAUGAAUGAUGACUUACAAACAUAAUCGACCUCCCCCUUCCUCACCUCAAAUUUUUAUGGUAAUUGCGAGUUUGUUCCCUUCAAUUAAGGUUGUGCUUCUUCCAUAUUGUACAGAGUUUGACAAAAUCUAGGCUCUUCCAAAGUAGGAUUUGACAAUCCACACAUGUUCAUUGAAGAGCUUCAAACUUCUUUUAAAGCAAGUCUUCAACUCUAGUAAAAGACACAGCUAAAAAUCCAACUCUCCCAGCAGCCGGCUCAGAUGGAAGCUAUACACCAAGAGCUCGCUGCACUAUGAGAUAAAGAUGAAGAGCUGGAAAACCAAAUACUGGCAUCUCUAAGGGAACUGUGACAGUAAGAGACAACAACAACCUCCCAACCGGCAGCAGAGUCCUCUCCUCAGGUACCUCUACUUUCCUCUUUAUCUCCUAACCUUGAACAAGCUCUUAAAAAGGUGCAGGAGCAUGAAGACUACCUCACAAAGCCAGGGAGUGAGGAGUUUCCUGCCAUGCUCAAACUCUCCCACAAGUUCCUCAUGGAACAGCAGGCUCAUGCUCAAGCCUAUGAGCAAUUAACAAAGGCCGUUGAGAACAACUUCAAAGUUAUUCAAAAGGCAACACAAGAAACCUUUUGGAAGCAAGGCAGUGACUUCCAGAAGUUGGGACAAGACCUGGAGCAUACUAAGCACAAGUUUCAAAACUUGGAAAAUGAGGUCAAAGAAGAAGUAAAGACAGACGGCAUGGACAUCCGCAACUACAUCAAGGCAUUAUCCAUGGACGUCUAUGGCCUGGAUCCAGCAAGGAGAAGAACUGAAGACACCGACUCUGAUGAAGAAAUAGAAAGUGAGACCCCUGCUCAUGAUGCCAAAAUGGGGGGAAAGAACAACUCCAGCAGACCCCUCCUCCUCAAGAUCCUUAGCAGCACAAAAAGCUGCUGCAACACGAAGAAAGAACAAACUUUACCAAGAAGAAAGACAAAUCAGACAAAGAAAAGAAGAAGAAGCAAGAGCCAAAGAAGAAUCCAGAAGAAGUUAGAAGAAACCAACAAAAGAAGAUUUGGCCAACAGUCCAAAAAUGACUAAAAACUAUUGUACUUAAGAUUUUAGAACAAUGUAACAUUCCCAUUGAAAAUCAACAAAAAUGUUUAGUUCCUGCGUUGUAUAGUUUUGGCAUCAUCAAAAGGGGGGAAAUUGUUAGUACCCAAUUUUGAUAGAUUUUGAUGAUGCCACUAUACUUUGCUCUUGUACAUUAUGUCUUAUUUACUUUGAGUGUCAGUCUUCAAAAUUAAUCAUAAGUGACAAAUCAAUGUACAAUUUUUGUGACAACUACAAUUAUACUGGAAAUUUAAAAUGCAAUAAGGUAAUUUUUAUUUACCUUAAAUAGGAUAUUCAAAUCCUACCAGUAUAUUGAUGGAUAGUGUACCCGGGGGGUAGCUUAUCCGAGGGUUAUUGCGGGGAGUAACAAGAGAGAAGUCAGAGCAAGUAAAUAUAGAGAGAGAAAGUAUAUUAUGAGUGUGGAGCGUUUUUCAGCGUUUAUGAGUCGGUUACAAAUGGGGAAAUGAGGUGCUAUUUAUAGUAGCAAUAAAUUCCGGACAGGGACACGUGUCAAGCGUCCAUUGGCCGAGAGGUCACCUCAACUGGUUGGCGCUGGCAGCCGCAUGUGGCCGCAUUUAAUGCGGUUGUUGGAUGGGACGUUGUACAGGUUACGGUGAUCUGUAUGCAUGUGGCGCGGAUAUUAUGUCGGGAGAGGUGCCCUCGGCUGCAGAGGACUAGCCGAGGGCUCUUAGUGCCGAGGACCCCUGAGUGCCGAGGGCUCCAGGUGCCGAGGGCUCCAGGUGCCGAGGGCUAUAGUUUUCUGCCGUUUCUCCCCCAGUUUCUUAGAUUGCUUGAGAAACCCGUUUUGUGAGAGUUUAGAGCCUUCGGCCAGGGGGCCGAAGGCACCCCUGGUGCGUAUUGCGGGCUGCUUGGUACUCUGGGCGCUGUGAUUUGGGCCCGUUGGGCCUUCUGGGCCUGUUGGGCCUUUACUGGAGUAGUAGGAGUCUGUGGGCCGGGUGUUCCCGGGCCAUAUACUCCAUCAGGAGUCCCUCACUCCUUUUGCCGAAAGGUACUUGAGGGAAAAAGGAGUAAUUUGUGCUCGCCCUUUGAUGUUGUCCCAUUGUAAUCUCUGAAGUUGGUGAGGAGUUGUUGCUUUCAUGUCCCUGCCGAAGGCAGUCCCUCAGUUACCCACAUGUCGGGACUUGAGGGCUUGCUUUGCCGUUUGUUGGAAAUUUUCAUUAUUUUGUAAUUUUAAUGAUUUUCCCGAGCGGGUCCUCCAGUCCCCCACUCCUUGAGGCACUUGUAAAGUGGUGAAAAGGAGUAGAGUAGUUGCGUCGCUGUUGUGGGCCGAAGGCUGACGCUUUUCGUUUCAUUUUGGGGGGAUGCCUCGUUAAAAACCUCAUUAGGAAAAACCCUGUGGGAAAAAAUCCUAAUGAGGGAAAAAGAGUGCACCGAAUUCCCCCAACGAUGAAUCGAAAGUGUGAAACCUUGGUCAAAAAUGGAGAAUAACGGCAAUGCUGAAGGCUCUCCUUUUUUCUGAGGGCUCAUGUGUUGAUUAGCCGAAGGCUUGCUGUUGAUGUCCUGGGGGGUCCCCUGCUUGUUGAUCAGUUGGUGAUGGGGAUAUCCGGGGGCUCCCAUUACCUGUGUGCCGUAGGCUAUCCGCCAAUGAGGCAUACUCCCCGGGGGCUACUCGAUCCUUACAGUGCUGAGGGGGUAUCCCCGAGGGGUGGCCUGAUAUGAAGCAUUGGGCUUCUGAAGGAGUGAUCCCGAAGGCGUCUGUUACGUACUGUGUGGGGCACGACCCGGGGGCGUCUCUGGGUGAGUGUACCCGGAGGCUCUCCUUGAUGAAGUGGAGUGAAGUAAGAAAAUCCGGGGGCUCCCAGAAUAUAGCCGUAGGAAAUAUAGCCGUUGGAAUAUGUAACGUCAGGUUAUAGCCGUUGGGGGGGGGUACACGUGGCACGUGAUGGUUGGUUGUCCGUGGGCGGCAUCACCGGUUGGGCGAAGACACGGCGUGUAAUGAUGGCGGUCCAUCCGGGGGCCCGGAAUCCAGGCCCAAGCCCGGAUUCCAGCGCCUAUAAAUACCCCAAGGCCAGGCACUCCUCCUUGUGCGAAAUUCUUAUAGCGAAGCUCUGCCAAUUUUUCUAGAGAGAGAAACAGCAGCCCUCGGUUGAAUCCCCUGUUCUCAAGGUCAGUUCUCCACUUGCCCUUCUCCUUCUAAUUAGCCGUGCCUUGUGCCCUUAGGUUAGGAGAUAGAAUUUCCUAGGAAAACCUUAGUUCUCCCGAGCCCUCGAGCUAGAGCCAUAAUGUCGUCCCAGAGUGAUUCUCAAGACAUCUCGGGGGCGCCCUCGAUGGAGGAUGAAGUCCUCUCGGAUGUGGAGUCCUCCAGUGCACAGUCCUCGGCCCAGGAGGACGUUGCGAUGGCAGUAGAGGUGCAGAAGGAGCUGCUAGCUGCAGUUGAAGCCGAGGGCUUCGAGCAGGAGGUGGAAGACGAAGAGCUGGCCCUCGCCAUGCAGGUUGCAGAGGAGAAGGAAGCAAAGGAGAGGACGAGGGUGACCGUGGCUGUCCUUCCCCCUCGGGGUGCUGGUGAGGCCAGUACCUCUCGGUCGCUGAACGCGGUUCCCAUCCGGGUGGCCCCCGGAAAGAAGAAGGCCAAGGUAGCUGCCCCCAAGAAGAAGAUUGUUGCUGCCGAUCAGGGGAAACCCAUAGAUAUGUCGGAGGGGUAUUCCUGGCUCAAUACUGCUGCGCUGGAGAUAAAGUCGAAGGCGGACAGGGCGGAUUUCUACGUCACACAGCUACACGUAGGGCCCUCGGCCGUGGUGGUCGAGCCGGGAGUUGACGAUGUGCUCUCCCGGGCGCCCGAGGGGUGUAUUGCAGUACACGUACUGUCGGUCUCCAUGGGCCUUCGGUUCCCUCUGCACCCCUUCCUCCGGGAGUACCUUAGGUUUGUUGUCUUGGUCCCCUGCCAGCUGACACCUAAUAGCCACUCCUACGUCGCGGGUUUUUUGAGCCUCUGCAGGGACCGAGGGGUGACCCCCAGCCUGUACUUGUUCUUCCAGAGCUUCAACCUCUGCCGAGGGGGUCACGUGAAUGCCGAGGGCUUCGCCAACCUGCAGCAGAUAGCUAGGUGGAAGGUAUUUACAGAGGCGCCUUCGUCCAAUAAGGGCUGGAAGGAGCGUUGGUGCUACGUCAGAGUUGCUGAGAACCCAUUUCCGGCGGAACUUCGGGAUCGCUUCCGUCGGCAUCUGAAGGUUCGAAGCGCCGCUCUCGAGAAAGAUGGCUUGGUAAUAGCCAAAAUCCCGGAGGGUCGCACGAAGCAAGUGUCUAUUAAAGACUACACUGCCGACAAGGAAUUCUACGCCCUCGGCUUCCGGAGAUACCGCUUCAUCGGGGAAGCGGACGAGAAGUAUCCCGUUUUUGCUGAGGCCUUCGGGGGAGCAGGAGGUAGUCUACGAGGGCCCUUAGUCUUGUACUUAGGCAUUCUUAUUUUGCAUCCCGAUAGUUGUUUGUUGUAUGAAUCCUUCGGGUUAAUCUUUUCUUUUCAUUGUUUUGCAGGUAUGGAGGCUCUCUUUGCAAUGAAAAAGAAGAAGGAGAGGGCUCAGGCCCAGAAGAAGGAGAAAAAGGAUCCCUCGGGCCAAAAGCCCAUUGAUGAGGUUUUCACGAAGGAGGUUGUGGAGCCUUCUGUUGAUGCUGCUCCUGCUACUGUGGCCGGGGGUCCAAAGGCCGAGGUGGCCGCCAAAAAGAAGAAGGGAGGCAAGGGGGUCGAGCCCCCUAUCAAGAAACAGAAGGUUGCCGGGGGCACUGUAGGAAUGGCGGCCCCCUCGUAGUAAUUGAUGAUCAGCCCUCCGCUGACUCCCCGGCCAUUGACACUCCGAUGGAUCAAACAGAUCUCCCCCCGGAGAACUUGCCUCGGGAAAUUAUUCAGCUCUCCCUCGCUCCGGGGGCAUCUGUGUUGCACGGUUCAGCUGAACCGAUGUCUUUCCUGAGGGGGAUUACCUCGAUGAUGGAUAAGGAAGCCCUCUCCUCCUACGAUGACAACGCCCUCGAAAGCAAGGCCCUUCGAUCAUCUCUGGCUGCGUGUAUAACCUUCGGUGAGCAGGCCCGAAGGCGCGAGGAGUGGCGCCGUCAUAAGGCCGAGCUAGAGAAGUCCGUGAAGGAGCUGAUCCAUGACAAGGACGCUUCCCUCUGGGAGGUGUGCAAGCUGGAGGACGCCCUUCGGCGAGCGGAGCUGAAGCUGAAGGAGGCCAGAGAUGACGGCAAGGCCGAGGGCAAGGCAGAGGUCGAGAGGGUUGCGGCCGAGGAGAGAAAGCAAGCGGCUGAGGACGCCGAAAAGGCCAAGGCCGAAGCUGUCGUCAAAGCCCGGGAAGAGGCCAUCGCUGGGUUCAUCUCCGAGGGUUGGAAGGCCGAGGGCCAGAGGGAGUGGGUGGCCUCUGUGGUGAAGGCCUCGAUCGAGGAUUGGGUGAAGGGCCCUGGGCUCGACUGGAUAAACGAGAGGGGCGACACCUAUUAUCAAGCCGGCGAGUUCUUCACCCAACAUCUGGUUUACCGGAGGCUCGCCCGGCAUUUCGGCACCCCUCUGGCGGAGUUUGACCCCUCGGUGUACGGCCUCCCCCCGUUGCAGCCAGAUGUGAGAGUCCCCCUCCCCGAGGGCGACGAGCGCCCGGUGAUUCAUGAUUCUAUGAUGAUGGGUGGCGAUGAUGAUGGUGCUGCCGUCGGGGACGAUGCCGUCGAAGAAGAAAUCUCCUCCAAACCUGCCGCAGGGGCCCUCGAUGAAGUGGCUGAUAAGUCUUAGCCUGUACUUAGUUGAUUUUUGAAAACUCUUUGUAAUGAACUUCUGUAUGUUUUCGGCCUCGGCCAUUAUUGUAACAAUUACACUCACUCUUUUUUGUGAAUGCAUGCUGCCUCCGGG